UUCUUCUGGUUUAGGGUUGGCUCCUUUCGAGCAUCUGUUCUGAUAUACUCAUUGGCUUUGAGAGUACCUGGCAGUCAGUAUUGGGAGGGUCUCUGAGAUAAUCUGGUCCAAUAUGUUUCAUGUGGGACAACCGAAGCCCAAGGGUACAAGGGACUUAACCAAGGUCAGAAAGAGAACCAGAAGUUCCAGACCCCCAGCCUGGAGCUCAAGCAUCUGCCCAAAGGGCCAUAAUCCCUAGGCCAAGCUGCCAGAAGGGCAGGGAGGAGGAAGGGAAUCACAGCUAGAAUUUACCAUGUAUGGUUAAUGUGUGUUAGUCACAAACUGCAAGUGAGGCCUUGAAUGCCGAGGGUAGCUGACCUCAUAGACCCACCCAGCGACAAUUCAUCCUGGGAGUGACAGGUGAGAGGGAGCAAAGGGCAGCUGGGUGGCCUGAAGCUAGCAGGGUGUGCCCCAGGCCUCUCCCUCUCACCUCUAGGCCUCUCCCAGCAGUGCUUUCUCCCCUGUGACGGCUAAGGACUCUUACUGCCAGCGGCUGGGCUCGGACAGGAGAAUGAAAGGUCUCCGCUGGCGUUACACACGGCUGCCCAGUCGGGUGGAGGACGCUGUGUCUGUGGACGAGGGUGAGGAAGAGGAGACAGCCCCGGCCCCAUUCUCAGCUCCUGUUCCUGAAGAUCCUGUGGAGCCCCAGCUGGCAGAAGCCAGCCAGGUUCUAGGAACCUCGGAGAUGAGGCAGCUCAGCCUCCACCUCCCCCCAAGAGUCACCGGACAUUCCUGGAGCCUGGCCUUCUGUACGUCGAGAAAUGGCUUCAGCCUGCGGAGCCUUUACAGGCAGAUGGAAGGCCACAGUGGGCCAGUGCUGCUGGUGCUGAGGGACCAGGACGGGCAGAUGUUUGGGGCCUUCUCCUCCUCGGCUCUUCGACUCAGCAAAGGCUUCUAUGGUACUGGAGAGACAUUCCUCUUCUCCUUCUCCCCACAGCUGAAGGUCUUCAAGUGGACAGGAAGGAAUUCUUUCUUUGUGAAAGGAGACUUGGAUUCACUGAUGAUGGGCAGUGGCAGUGGCCAGUUUGGACUGUGGUUGGAUGGAGACUUGUAUCACGGCGGAAGCCACCCCUGUGCAACCUUCAACAAUGAGGUGUUGGCCCGGCGAGAGCAGUUCUGCAUCAAGGAACUGGAGGCCUGGGUCCUGAGCGGAUGCCCCCAUCGUGGGAAGCUUCCUGAAGCAACAAGUGCUCACACUUGCUCAUGAAUGCCAUCUAGACCCUCCUUAUAGAGGGCUGCCCAUUUUCUCUGAAGCCUGGAUGACUGUGGUUGUAAGCAAACCUCCCUGUGGUCUGGGGACCCAAGACGGUCAUGGAAACAAGCAAUAUUCUCCUGGGGGUGUGACUCUGAAAGAGUCAAAUGCACUCACAUCUCAUCUGAGCAGCACAAAGUCCCUCAUGAAAUUUCUUUUUAUGUAUUUAUUAGGAAGGCUCCAUGCCCAUCACAGGGUUCAAACUCACAACCCCGAGAUCAAGAGUUGCAUGUUCCACCGACUGAGCCACCCAGGUGCCCCCUGAAAUUUCUUUUUAGAGAUUAUAUAAUUAAUACAUAUUUAUUGUAGAAAAACCAGAAGACAUUUAAAAAGUUAAAACUGCCUAGGGCGCCUGGGUAGCUCAGCCAGUUAAGCGUCGACUUUAGCUCAGGUCAUGAUCUCAUGGUUUCAUGAGUUUGAGCCCCGAAUCGGGCUCUAUGUCGACAGCCCGGAGGCUCAGAGCCUGGAGCCUGCUUCAGAUUCUCUGCCCCUCCCCCACUCACACUCUGUCUCCCUCUCUCUCUCAAAAAUAAACAGACAUUAAA